AUGCUGCGCAUGGACCAGCUGCGCAUGGACCAGCUGCGCAUGGACCAGCUGCGCACGGACCAGCUGCGCACGGACCAGCUGCACACGGACCAGCUGCGCACGGACCAGCUGCGCACGGACCAGUCAAUAGCCUACUAUACAUCGCCAACACUUGAGAGACAAACUCUUAAGUACCUGCGCUUCAUUUACACAUUCAACUCUCAGGAUCUCGUCGACAUCUACAUCCCAGACGGCCCUGAGACUGUCAUCUACUGUUGUGAGCAGCAGCUGUGCCCCAACCGGACACCCCGAUCAGUCGUGCAAGAUUACCCGCACUACAAGGCGAUCAGAAGGGCCCAGCACCCACUUGGUCCCCGUAGCACCCUUGCAUCUCGAUCCGCCUCACAGCAUUUGUGCCCUGUCUCCCCCAGCUCCUGCCUUCCUCAAACUGUCGCUAGUCCAAGUCAAGUACGAGGAGAUCUCCCUCCAGACCCUGCGCCAGAGCCUGAGCCUGAGGAGGGUGCAGGUGAAGAAGGAGUCUCGGAGUCCGAGUCCGCGGAUUCUGCUCGGUCCACCUCGCCGACAGUGCUCGCCCCCACGUCAGCAGUCCCUGACGUAUGUGACCCCCCCGCCAAACUUCCUCCAGCGCCUUCACCACCAACUCCACCAAGAGGCCGCUCGCGCACUCACUCCUCUCGAAGUUCAACCAGCGGAGGGCCACCACAGCCGCCUCCGCCCCCGCAGCGUCCUCCGUCCCCCCCGACGCCGAUAAUGUCCUCCCCUGCAACCACCCCUGAUAAGGAGACUUUGAAGCUCCUUCUCCCGCUCCAAUAUGAUGGCAAGACCAUUAUCGAAUGCGACAGGUUCCUGUCGCAACUCUGCAUCUAUUGGUUGAUCAACACGUCAUUGACAACCAUCGAGCUCAAGGUGCAAGUUGCGUUGAGCCUGCUCGACGGUGACGCCCAUGCCUGGGCCACUCCUUACUUCGCCCAACUCGCGUUGGUGCAGAUGGGUGUACAAGGGGUCACAACCCCGUUUCAGAACGAAGCAGCCUUCACUGCCGCCUUCAAGGCUCGCUUUGGUAAUCUCGACGAUGCGGCGGCAGCACAAGUGGAGCUGGCAAAGCUCUGCGCAGACAAGUUGGUCCGCGAGAAACGCACUGCUGCGGAAUUUUCCGCACUGUUCAAGGGUCCGGCGGAUCACUCUGGGUAUGGGGACUUGGAGCUACGCGACAAGUACCUGAGCGGUAUCCCCUCCCGCGUAUAUCGCAAGAUCAAGCUCGAGACCUUCACCACGUGGCAAGCAGCUUAG